ACCCCGCCUGUGAGUGCUGCUGGCAAAGCCUCUUCAUACAGACAGCCUGCACUGGUCCUCCUCAUCCUGUGCUGUCUCUUACUGGCUGCCAUCAUCGCCCUCGCUGUCUAUCAUUUAAGAACUAAAGAAGACCCUGAGAAAUACACCAGCCUGUCCACAAAUUAUUCAUCAUUACUGAAUCAGCUCCAGGACUUGAGCAGUGACUACAGCAACCUCAACAAGAAUCAUUCUGAGCUGCAGAGUAACUAUAGCAAGUUCUCUGGAUCUCACAUUAAUCUGCAGAGUAAUUAUAGCAGGCUCAAUGAAACUCAUUCUGAGCUGCAGAGUAACUAUAGCAAGCUCUUACAAAAUCAGAGCCAGCUAGUAGAUGAGAAAAACACACUCCAAAAAGAAAAUUCAGAAUUGAAAAAGAACAAUACUGAGCUUUCUGUCAAAUCAUCAAUCUUGGAUAAAUACUGUCCUCUCAAAGAAGGCUCUUCAAAGGGUGAGUUGUGAAUUCUAUACAAUCCCAUCAUCAGAGAGAGAGAGAGAGAGAGAGAGAGAGAGAGAGAGAGAGAGCUUUGCAGGAAGUGCAUUGGACUGUGUAGAGUUGUCAUACACAGCAUACAAAUCACACAACACAGAGAUUGAAUUUUGAAAAUCAACACAUUCUACACCAUAAAACAGCAGCAGCAAUGAUAAAACACAGACGGCAGCAGCAGUGAUAGAAUUACAUGAUCUUUUUAAAAAUUUAAAAUUAAAUUGCCAUCUUCACCCACCCCACACACUCCCUCCUCAAUGCACCCACAUCUUGAACCAUACUGUAAUAAAAUAAAUCAGCUUUUAUUCUGGUUGCAACCAGGACUCUAAAAACACACAAAGCAUCAUCUAUACCAGUGCAGGACAUUCUGUUCUUGUGGGAUUUCAAAAUGGUUAGCUUCGCUUGACCUUGAAGAAAGUUGACCAGGGCACACCGAUGGCGGCAUAUGUAAGAAUACUUAAUACUAAAAAUGAACAGCGCUUUAGUAAAAAGCACCCCGAGGUUCGUCAGCAGGCCGGAGUCGUGGGCAGUCUGUGAAACACUGUUUCACGGCGGGGCAGAAGGUGCACCGCUCCCUCAACCCGGCUCAGCUAGCGGUUCGUGGCCAUGAUGCCAUGCAGGAUGUGCCACUGCAGGUCCCCAAAGUGCUUAGGCAAGGGCAGCGUGUACAGCACCCUCCAGGACAGCAGCGGCAAAGAAAGAUGAGAAAGAUGCAAAGGCUGCCCUUCGAAUCGGUGAUAUCAUGGGGCAAGUUUAGCAUGGAAGAGUGGGCCUUGGUCUCAGUUCAGCUCCUCCUACAUGGCACAAGGCAGCCCCAGCUCAACGGAGGAAUCUGGUAGUCAACAAGGUGCAAAAGCAGGAGGAGAGGAUGAGGUGCGUAAAGGCCAUUUCCCAGGCCAAGCAGGAAGAAUGGAUGAGAUGGGAGAGUGUGGAACAACGCAAGAUCGGCUGGCAAGACUUAUGGACAAUGGAACAGAGCAGGAUCAGUUUCCUCAUCAGAUCAACAUAUAAUGUUCUCCCAUCACCACAGAACCUAAACCUCUGCGUGGGUGAGGAUCCCUCAUGUCCUUUGUGUUCAUCACCUGCAACAUUAAGGCACAUUUUGACAGGAUGUAAGGUGGGUCUUAGCCAAGGACGGUUUACUUGGCGCCAUGACCAGGUGCUGCGAUGUUUGUCCUUACAAUUGGAAGACAAGCGUAACAUGACCAAUAAGUUGCAACCAGUUCCAUCAAAGCAUUACACAAUAUUGUGACAAUAUUCCUCCUUCCAGGAGAGCAACAGCCAAGAAAAGGUGUAAAAGCCAAGCCUCGCCCAGGACAACUGGAAGCUGCUAAAUGCUGGCAGAUGUUGGUAAACGGCUUAUUUUUCCACCCGAGAUUACCACCACUAACCUUCAACCAGACAUUGUCUUGUGGUCUGGAUCAGCACGCCUUGUUCACCUGGUAGAGUUAACAGUGCCAUGGGAGGAUGCUGUGGAUGAGGCGUAUGAGAGGAAGAAACUGCGGUAUGCUCAACUAGCCACUGAAGCGGAACAGUGAGGAUGGAGAGUUUGGGUUUACCCAGCGGAGGUGGGUUGUCGAGGAUUUGUGGCACACUAUACAACCUAAUUUCUCAGAGAUGUCAGGUUCAGUGGCCAAGAGUUGUGUCGCACAGUGAAGAACUUAUUUGAAGCAGCAGAAAAGAGCAGCAACUGGCUCUGGUUGUGACGGAAAGAUUCUAGCUGGGGAUCUCAAGCGCAAUAGAAAGAAAGCAACACUGAUGUACGGCUAAGUAAGCUGGGCUGAGUUGAGUGGGGGACAGAGGGUGGUGAUGCUGGGAUGCCAGAAUCACUGUUAAGCCCCUCUUGAGGUGUCGUGGGCUGGUCGACGAAACACCGAGGACGGAAGGUGCCCACUUAAAGAUCCCAGAGAUGUACCCUACUUAGCUCAAUCCAGACGGUUGUCAUGCUGAUGUGCUGGGGAGGCCGCACUGUGGUUGCUGGGGAGGCAAAAUAAGCUGAUCCCUGGAGCCAGCAUUACACAUAAGCCAUCAACACCAGGCAGAAAGAUAUCUGUAUCAUCAUAUGGAAAGAAACACAAAUGGAUGGAGAUGCAGAUGGAUCACAUUAGUUUACUGUAAAGCUACAUCUUAGUUGGCGCUUAUCUUGGUGAGAGUCGAGUUCAAAUCAGCAUGAAGUUUUAACAUCUACUCUCAUGUAAUGUUAAUCAGACAGGGGCAGCUUGUACAGCACCUUCCAGGACGUCAACGCAGACUCACCCCACCGGUAGGUGUCAGUCAGGUCUCUUAACUUGGUGUAAUGGCAUGCUUUGACAACUGUGCUGUACAGCUGCCUCUUCAAUGCAGAGUGGAAUUGCAGGUCUGACUCUCUGUCCAGUGAUAACAGCAUCCCGGACUGCUCACCCCCCUCCUCCUCCUCCUCCAGCAUCGCGGGGGAGAGCAGCACCGAGGGUGAAACUGACUCAUGCUCCAGGGCCUGUCUCUCCGAGUGGCACUGUGCCACGAACUCCGACACAGCAGGGCUCAAGGGAGGCUUUGCUCUCUCCCAGAACCCUCUCCAUGAAUCGUACUGAGAGCAGGCCCAGUGCUGCAGUCAGCUCAGCCCCGCUCUUCCAUCGCCACUCAGUCCAGUCUAUUAGGUGACGCAGGGUGGUGACUCUGGCCUCUAAAAACACUGAAAAAAGCUGUUUGGAAUUAAAAACACCACAUUUAAAAAUGUCAUUAAAAAAUAGAGGCUUUUUGAAAACACAAUUAGUGCAUUCUGUCCUUAAAACCUUUACUAACCUCCAGGCAUUUCUUAUAAAAACUUUCCAACCCUGUGUUAUUUACUUUGCUGGGGGUCAUCAAAAACAGCUCCCUGUCUAAGAUGAGCUCUCCAGCCCACCUCAGGAGAGACAGAGCUAGGCCUUUCCAGCUCAGUUUGGGAGAGUACAGCAGACUCUGGGCUGCCUGCAGUCUGAAAGCAGCUACCUGGGAGGAGAUGUCAAUCAGCCCCUGCCCCCAUUCAUCUCGGGGCAGGUACAGCACUGCUGGCCUCAACCAAUGGUUCCAUUCUAAAAGAUAUUGAAUAGAGCAUCCCCGACAGAGAGCAGCCCUGUCUGUUCCCUCUCUCCACUGGGAAAUCUGGCUUAGACUGCUAUUAAUCUUAAAGCUAAAAAUAUCAGAGUAUACAAUUUUGAUGUAAGACAUAAAAACAGGACCGAAACCAAACACCAUGGUCCACCCUGUCGAAAGCCUUCUCCUGGUCAAGUGACAUCAGCCCAAAAUCUAGAUAAAAAAAAUUAGAAACGGUCUCCGAUUUAAAACAAAUUAUCAAAUAUAGAGCGCCCCGGCACACAGUACGUCUGGUCUCUGUGCACCAUGGGGCUCAAGCAUUCUCUAAGACUACUGGCCAGAGUUUUGGAGAGGAUUUUGGAAUCACAGCACAACAGCGACAUAGUUCUUCAGCUCACAGAGGCCUCCUUUUUUGGAUAACAAAGUCAGUACUGUCCUGCGGCAGCUCAGGGGUAGCUCUCCCUCCACCACACACUCCUUCAGCACCUGUGCAGAUCACUACCCAGACAUUUCCAAAAAUGCUUAUUAAACUCAACCGGAAGCCCGUCCAGCCCAGGUGCUGUGCUGUUGGAGAACUGUGUGACGGAGGUCGUGAGCUCCCCAAAUGAGACAGGCAUGUCCAGGCCGCAGCGCUCCCCCUCACUCAGGCUAGGGAGACCCUUCAAUAGCCACUCCGUCUACUCCUGGUCGCAGUUCUCAGCCUGAUACAGCUCGGAGUAAAAGUCCACCGCGGCCCUACGAAGCUCCGCAGGGCUGGAGACCUCUCUCCCCCGGGCAGCCUCAGUAACAGCAUCUGCUUGUGUUCAGAUACCUUCUUCUCCCAGCAGAAGAAGGCUGUGGGGCGUCCAUGUCUCUUAGUUCAAUGAAUCUUGCUCUCACCAGCGACCCCUUGACCAGGCGCUGUUUCCUCUCUUUCAGGCUGCGAUAUGUCCCCUCCAUGCUCUGGCCACCCAGCGCUCUCUCAAUCUCUAAAAUCUCAAUCGCCAAAUGGCUGACCUCUGCAUUCAUUUCUCCAGUGACGUUCUGGUAUAUUACUGGCAGAAAAUCUUAAUUUGGGUUUUCCCCACAUCCCACCACUGCCUCAAACUGGAGAAUCGCCUCUUUCUCUCUUCUCCAGUUGUCCCAGAACAUUGUAAAAAAAAAUCUGUGAACUGAGUGUCUUGUAAUAGUUUCAUAUUAAAGUGCCAGUAAGAUUUAGUGUGCUGUGCAGUGGGUAAGCAGAAAACUGGUGAUGAAGUGAUGAUCAGACAGGGACGUGGGGUGAAUACUGCUGUUAAUGAUUCUAUUGAGGCGGUGCUUUUGAGUGUAUACACGGUCCAGCCGUGCUCCAGAUAUUUCACCAUUACUUAUUUUAAUCCAAGCGUACUGUUUAGAGGUGUUGUGCAAGUUCCUCCAGAUGUCAGCUAGAUUGAAUAUUGUCAGCACGCCAGCCAGCUCUCUGACAGAUUGGGGAUUGGGUUCAUCAUGAUUUCUGUCUAAAUUAAAAUCUAAAGUACAAUUCAAAUCCCCACCCACCAGUAUAAAAUGUUCUGGGUCACACUUUCCUAAAAUCUGAUUAAGACUUAAAAAAUACAAUCUGUUCUCUGCCCAAAUUAGGAUCAUAAAUACUACAAAGAUCAAUGAAACCCUCAUUUAAUUUCAUUUCAACUUUUAAAGCCUCCCUUGCACGACCUACUCCGCAGACACAAUCUCUGCUCCCAGCCCCGGUGAAAAUAAAACUACCACCCCAGCAGUGACUUAAAAUCACCUUUCCCUUCCACUCUGACAGCCAGUGUGCUUCAUUACUGCUGUCAGAGUGAGUCUCUUGCAGUAAAAUACAAUUCACCUUUUUUGACUCAAUAAAAUCAAACAACUGGGCUCUGUUAUUAACAUCAUGGCAGCCACUUCUCCAUGGAGGAUGAAUAAUAAAAACACGACAAUAAAUAACAGAAAACAAGGCUAAAAGCUAUACACGUGACUUGAUCAAUUUAAAAGCUUUUUGAUUCACCCACCAUUUUUCUAGCAGUGCUCACAAACUUUUUCAAACAAUCUCUUUUCUCUAUCAAACUCAACUACUGUUGCUUUUCUUAAAACUACAUUAGCCAAAAUUAAAAACAGUUUCAAAUCUGGGAAGAAAGUUGAAAGCUCAACUCCCCUUUUACCUUCAGUUUCAUCCAUAUAUCUGCUGAACAUCUAUAGCGGGUACAACUUUUUAUUUCUGGGCUGGCUGGCCGGGAUGUCGUAAGGCAGCGAGAUGUCAGAGAGCUUUCCUUCCUCCUCCUCGUCUUCUCCCACAGACAAGGCUUGGCUCAGUCUCUGUGGGCGGCUGCACUGCGGCAAGACUCCUCUUAGCUCUGGAUGCAGGCACAGGUCUCUUCACCGACUCCUCCACCUGCGCUCCCCAAACACCCUCAGCCUGACCAGCCCCCUGUCCUUCAUCGGCGCUGCCCUCCACAGCAGCCUCCCUCUUGAGUUUAGGGCUGGUGUGUUUCAUGUGACCCUCUUCACCGCAGUGAAAACAUUUCAUUGUGUCUGAAGUUGCAAAAAUAAUUCACUCCUUGCCCAUCACCACAAAUCUCCAGGCUACACUUAAAUCCUGCCCUGGGUUGUGCAGAAUCACAAACACCUGUCUUUGAAUGGACAGGACAUGUUUCAUUUCUGGGUUUUUGCAGCCUAGCGGAAUCAUUCUGAGGGGGGGGCAUUAUUUUGCCGUAUCUCGCUAGCUCACGUUCUAUCAUAGCAUUGGGGAUAAAAGGAGGAAUAUUUGAGAAGAUAACCUUUUUUAGCGGGGUUGAUAGGGGCAUUGCAGUUACGAAAGCACCAUUAAUACUGAAACCUUCUUCAACAAUUCUGUUUACUAGUUGUGACCGAGCACUGUUGAGUGGUGUGUGAGUGGUGACGUCACGGACCAAAAAUAGGAACCAAAACAAGGAAUGGCGGUGGGUGAAACUGAACGCUACGGCGUUCAGUGCUUUUAUUUAAUAAUAAAUAAAUAAACAAAAGAUUUAAACAAGCAAGACAGUACAAAACAAAACGGCGUGUUAGUCAAACAAAUAAAGUUGAGCAGUUGUUUGGUUUUGGUUUUGUUUUCUCUCUCCUCGCUCUCUCCGCUCUCACGCCUAAUACACUCUCCGCCGAGGGUAGAGAGCUGCAGGUUUAUAUACAGUGACCAUCUCCCGAUUAGCAACAAUUAAUCAAUGAAUUAACUGGGGAGAUGGUCACCGUCUGCACGAGUUUAAUAAGGAUAUGUGACUGUCAACUAGCUAAAUAAAUCACUAGCUGAUCAGUCACGCAUCCUCACGGGGUUUUUAAAAUAUAAAAACAAUAACAAAUACGCUGCGCUUUUAUCUGCGCCGCAAACAAAAAUACAAAUAAUAAUAAAUAUAUAUAUAGGGGCGAGACACCGCGCCACACAUGCCCCCCCCCCCUUGUGCGCAGCACACAUGGCCUUUUCGGCCACCUCCCCCCUUAGUUCUCAAAGUCCCGGCUAGCAGUCCCGGCCCAGGAACAGGGGCAGCAACGGGCCAAAGGUGGGAUGUCCUCCUCCCACCCAAACAGCCGUAGCGUCCUGGUGGACCGCGCACAGGCCGGCUCCUCCGGCCAAGGAAAUUUUGGGGGUGGUCUCCAGACCUCCCCCCCUUCUUCAUGGCCAUCAACUCCCCUCCGUGGGGCUUCGGCCACCCGUUCUCCUGCAGCGAAAUUGCUGCGGGGGGAACUGGUCUCCUGACCUCCCCCCCCUACUUCAUGGCCGGCAGCUCCACUCCGAGGGACUCCGCCACACUAGUGCUUCUUGAUUUAAUAACACAAUAAUGGCCUUAUUCAUCCUAGAAGCGGACUUGAUGUUAUUAAAACCAGUAAUCCUACCCACAGAUAGCAGCACGUCCUGAAGCGCGACCCCGCUGUCAGAAAUGCCUGAAUCCGUGUCUCUGUGUUAGUGCUUCCAUCCCGCCGGAGUGAGAACCCAUCCCGGGGCGACACAAACUAAACCUCCAACCGGCCAAACCAAUAAAUUAAUAAAUAAGUAAUACAAAUAAUGAUAAUUAAAAAAGCAACAAAGAAAUAAAAAAAAAGUUUAAAUAAAAGGAUGUCAAAUCUCUUUAAACUAGAAAGCAUGUAAAAUAGUAAUAAAAGGCUGUAAAACAGACCUACACUAUUCAAACACCACGCUCUCAGCUCGCAAGCCCCUCCCACAAUCCCACAAUCCUGAGAGAGAGAGAUUAUAUUCACCUAUCUACUGUAUCUGUGUCUCUCUCCAUGGAUCCAGAUGGGUCAGGUUUGACUGGUUUGAAGAGCACAGCAUCGACUGGGGGUGGGGUACUCAAUGGGGUAUCAGUCUUGGCUGUCAGUGCAGUCACCUCUGCCCCAUCCCUAGUUCUGCAUUCAUGGAACAUGGGGAACAUGUAAGGAAGCAAGCAAGGGCUCUGAGUAAUGAAGUUAAACAGGGGGACUGUAACAGGGCCAGAUCUGUGCUGGCUGUCUGACGCAUACAUGAUCCUGCAGGAGGAGCUUGGGAGCCCCGUGGGACCUGCCUGCCAAUCAUGGCAGUGACACAGAGAAGUUGGGUGAGGGUGUGUUGUCUUUCCCUCUCUCUGAGUGGUUGAGAGGCGGGCCUUGGGGGCUCGCUCCACCUAUAAGAACUACGCUCUGUUAUUCAUGCGGGCUGGCGAUUGCAGGGUAAACCCAGUGACGCUGGGUUCGGAAGCGAGGUAAAUAAACCAAGGCAAGAACGCCAGCAGCUGCAGCAAGAUAACUGGACGCCAGCAUGGCUGAGGAAGACAGAGCGUAGGUUGGAGACCCGAGCUGACCGGUUUAGCGGUGGUGGGGGACGCUGCAUAAGCAGCACCUUUUGUUUGUAGUUUUUAUUACUGUGUUUUAUUUUCCCUUUUUCUUUCACCUUUUGUUUUCAUUUUUAUUUCUCAGCACCUGCGCGUGCUGCCUGAUACAAGUGCAACGCCUUUACCAUCGUUGGUAUUGGGGAUAGAAGAACCAGUGCCACCUGGUGGUUAAUAAAGGAAAGAAAAGAAUAAUAAAACUGGGCACCAGAGAGGUGUUUCAAUUAAAACCUUCUGUCUCCCAUGUCAGUGAAUUCCCACACCCUCCCACAGGGACAAAUAAUGCACCCCCCCUCAUUUACUCAUAUGUCCCAAUACUAGUUGGAGUGGAGAUGUAGUAUCCUUGUGAUAAAAUCAUGCUAAUGCUAAUGAUGAGAAUCUAGCCCUGUGUUGUAGGUGCAGCCCCCUUCUUCAGAUCUCCAGGUGUUUCUGUUUAACAUGUACUGCUUCUUUCUCUCAUUGAGAGGGGUUGUAAACCCUGUCCAGAGAAGUGGAUGCAGUUCAAUGGAAAGUGCUACUACUUCUCAACUGAUACAAUGGACUGGAACUCCAGCCGGGCUAGCUGUGUGUCAAUGGGAGCAGACCUGGUGAUUAUAGAGAGCGAGGCAGAGCAGAGAUUCUUAUUGGAUAAAGCUAAAGCCUAGACUGGAUGGAAUUCCCACUGGAUCGGCCUGACUGAUGCUGUUACUGAAGGAGUUUGGCUCUGGGUGGACGGCACUCCUCUCAAUGACAAGGCAAAAUAUUGGCACGGUAAUGAGCCUGAUGACUGGAAGAGAGGUGGGGACUCGUCCGGAGAGGAUUGUGCACGUCUUGCAUACUCGACACCCUUGGCAGAUUCUCUCUAUACCUGGUUUGAUGCACCGUGCACACAACAGUCAAAUAGAAGGAUCUGUGAAACCACAGCAUUGAUAAUUAAUAUAUAAAACCAGUGUGGCUCUGUUUCACUUUUUCUCUCUAUUUAGAUAGCAAACAAGCUACAAAAUGAAUCCCACAAGUUACUUACAUUUCACUUUAUUAAACUGUGGUAUCUUAAGUGUUUUUAUGAAAUAUAUAAAAAAUACACAUUAAAUCAAACCAGAUCUUUUAUAAAGAGUUUGUGUUUCAAAUGCCAUCGUGAUUAUUGUUUUUAUAUUCCCCCUGACGUUUGCAAUCAUUUAUAAAAACAGAUCUAGAGAACAAUGAUAAUAACUCAGUAUUGGAGGAACAGAACAAUUACAAACAUCCAUUAGAAACGCUUCCCAUAGUAAAAGCACAGCAAAGUGUAAUGAAGCACAGUGAAAGCAUGGGAAAGCAUAGGCAAGCAUUGUAAAGCACAGAGAGUAUGCUAAAGCAUAUUAAACAUGGCAAGCCAGGGCAAGCUCUGGUAAAUGCAUAAUAUAACCAUGGGAAAAGUGCAAUAAUACCAUAUAAUAGUAAGGAAAGUGAAAAACACAGUGUAUGACUCACCCUGCACAGCAUGCGGUCCAGCCUUUAUUAUUAUUUUAUUAUUAUUUAUUUCUUAGCAGACACCCUUAUCCAGGGCAACUUACAAUUGUUACAAGAUAUCACAUUAUGCAUUAUACAGAUAUUAAUUGUAUGUAAAAAAACAAACAAACAAAAAAAAAUAUCCACUUAUACAGUUUGUUUUUUUUACUGAAGUAAUCUAGGUAAAGUACCUUGCUCAAGCGUACAGCAGCAGUGUCCCCCACCUGGGAUUAAACCCACAACCCUCCAGUCAAGAGUCCAGAGCUCAGAGCCCUCACCACUACUCCACACUGCUACCCUUUACCAGGCGCGCCACUCAGGAACCCUUAAAGUGAAUAUUGAUAGGGGGUCUGUGCUACAAUGGAGCAAUUUGACUGAAGCGAUUGCACAAUGUGGUCCAUUUCAAUUGCUUUUCCAAUACACUGAACACGAUGCAACACAGACUUAAUGUUCAAGAAUGGAGGAGAGGCCGCUGUCAGUCAAGAUAUCGUUUUCCUGAUCCGGCCUGAUCCGGCCCCAUGUGGGUACAAAGGCAUUUGCCGCUGAUCUUGAGAGUAUAAAUCGUCCACGUACAGAGCUAAGAUUUACACUUCUGGAAAGGACGAUUCCUCUCAAGAAACCUUAUCCCGUAAAGACCCACUUCAUAAAUGGACGGAGAUUCAACCCACAACAAUGAAGUUCUAAAUGAUAUCCAGGAACUUCCUGAAGAACAUUUAAUUUCACACCAGGAGGAAGUAAUUGAACAGCCUCCUACGGUCGUUCCCCUCUCACCUACUUUCGUUCCAUUGUCCCCAACUUGGUUUUUGGAGAAUCAGAAUGAUACGAUCCCGGGCCAUAGCAUAUCCCUUGAGAUACCACGCGAUUUAGUCGUGCCUGAGGACUUUUUAAAUAAUUUCUCAGUGAUAGCAGAAACGCAUAAAAAAGCAGAAUAUAUUGAAGAUUCUGAACAUCUGGAACAGUACUUCAUGACAUCUUUCAGUGAUCUAGCGUCAGACUCCGAAUUGUCUAAAAAAGAUCCUGAAAAAGCCGAAAGGAACGACGUGGCCUGUACUUCGGAGGAGGGCCAGGUUAUACAUGCGUAUACCCCCUUGGAGCCUCCCAAUAAACCUCAAAAAUCUGCAAAAAGACCUCUCAAAAAACGGCCCACUAGACGUACACUUCUUGUGGAAAGCGAAUCUUCCGAGGACGACACAUCCUUCAGCAGAGACCCAAAGUCUAAAAGGCCGCGUAAAAUUUCCGAAAGGUUUCAUACUUCGCUACAAUCAAGAGGCAGCCCCACAGUCUCCAAAGUAUCACAAAGGCUAAAACCUACGCUCCCCUCAACUUCAACUACUGCUAGGUAUCACAGCGUAGAGCUAUUGAAACAUGUACAUCUGACUAUAGAGCAGAUCAUUUACAGACAUCCUGCUAUAAGGGCCCUAGUUUCUGACCCAGAAGUGGCUCAGAAUAUACAAACAUUAAUUACCCUAUUGAAAACGCUGGGUUUCUUAAAACAGUAGCAGUGUAUUUGUAGAGUUACAAUGGAACCCCAUCGCAAAAAAACAUGUAAAAGGAAACACAUUGAAAUUACUGUUGAUGAUUCUGACAAUGAUGAUGCUGUGAUUGGUGUUCACAAAAAUAAAAAGGUUUCAAUUGAUCCGAGUCAAACUGUGUCAAAUUCUGUGUUUAAUUCUAUAAUCGUCCCCCGAAAUACCUUAAAUUCUGUUCCCUCAGUAGGUUCCCAUACACAUAGUAUGUCUCCAGCCCCCGGUGGCAUACCACACACUGUUCACCCCCAAAAUUUAAAUGGUUUUGAGAAUUUUGACUAUCUAGACAAACUACUAAAUGAUUUAAAUUAUAACGCAGAUAUUUUACCGUCAAUCAGGGCUCUGAUUGAUGAAAUUUCUACAGAUACUCCCCCGAUAAAUGACAACUCCACUAAUACAGACAAUAAUAAUUCCCCGUGCCAUGGGUUUGUUAAUGAUGCUAAAUUGACUCAGAUCAAUUUUGACUCUUUGGAUAUGCUUUUGCAUGAAAUGUCUAGAGAGAAUCAUGGUACUAUAGAGGGUGUAGGUGAUAUGGAAAAACAAAUAGGGGGAGGCUUAAACGAAGGGGGUUGCCUUGAUGAUUCUUUUAGCAUAAAAGUCCCGGGGGGUGGUGUAAUACAUGAUGAUCAAGUGGCUGGUCCUUCUGGUAUACAGGUCCCCCAUAGCAAUAGCGGCGGUGAUAGAAUUGGGGGGGAAGGUGUACAGCAUAGACAACGACCUAUGUUUAACAAUUUCGAAUUGAAGCAAUCUCUUAACUUUACACAUAUGUAUGAUCUGGAUUCCUACGCUGAAGUUUUUACUGUGCUGCAUGAAACGUUAGAGAAUAUGUUGAGUGAGGUUUCUAGAACGCUAAGACCUGCAGACGUUGUUCAGCUUGAAUUACGAGCAGGAUCCUUAGAUAUACCAGUGUAUGUAAAAAUGACUGGAGACAAUUUAAGUCUAGACGAUUUUCUCAGUCAGAUUGAAGCUCUCCUUCAAAGUCAUAGUGAAAUUUUGGCUGAUGACUCUUUGAUGUUGAUUGUCCAGGUUGUAAGGUGUCCAGAAGGAGGUGGUGUUAGGAGAGGUUUGCAGACCUUAAUGAAAAGUGAGCUUAUUAGAAAAAAAGCCAAGCAUCUGAUUAUAUGUUACAACAGAGACAAUCAAUUAUGUUUUGCCUACAGCGUUCUGAGCUUGUUAUUUCCUGAAUUUAGGGAGGCCAAUGAUACGUGUAUGGCUGAGGCUUUAAAACUUCAACAGAGUGUGGGAUUAAGUGAACAUCAAAUGGUUUCGUUUGCAGACAUAGAUAAAUUUGAACAGGCCCUAGAUGUUAAAAUUGUGGUGUGGUACAGAUGUCCUCAAAAGGACGUGUUCCUGAAACACCAAACAGAUACUCGAGCAAAAAACAAAACUGUAUUUCUGUUUCUUCAUGAGAAUCAUUUCUAUGGUAUUGUUAACUUGAAAGGUUUUCUGGGUGCAGCCUAUCUGUGUAAUUACUGUUACACAGCCUACAGUAAUCGAUCUGGACAUCGCUGUGAAGGACACUGUAAUGUGUGUUUUUCCCCAGCCUGUAACAGCGAGUCCUCUGUAAAGGUAAAAUGUAACGACUGCAAUCGUUAUUGUCGAUCCCAGCUCUGUUAUGAUGAGCAUAAGAUUCUCCGAGAUAAAGCCAACAGUGAAAAACAGGUUUCUAUGUGUGACAUUUUAAAACUUUGUACAAGGUGCUAUUCUCUCUAUAAAUGUGACCCUACAAAGCCCCUGACUCAUAAAUGUCUUACUCCAUACUGUAAGCUAUGUAAAGCCGUGUUGUUACCUCACAGUGAUCAUAAAUGCUUCAUUCAAACGCUUAAACCUAAGGAACCCACAGACAAAUAUGUGUUUUAUGAUUUUGAAUGUCGGCAGGAAGCUGGUGUGCACAUUCCUAAUUAUUUGUACUGCAUGCAUAUGGGUGGUGAAUCAUGGUUUUGGGAGGGCGAGGAAUGUGUGAAAAAGUUUUUUGAGCGGUAUCGUAGACCUUGUUAUGCAGGCUAUACUUUCUUGGCACACAAUGCAAAGUCUUAUGACAGUUAUUUACUGAUGAAUUAUUUAGUAACCAAUGGAAUUAACCCAAAUAUCAUAGCUCAGGGUAGCAAGUUGAUGUGUUUUACAGACGAGGCUUUUAAGAUGCGUUACAUUGAUUCCUUUAACUUUUUGCCUAUGAAGUUAAGUGCCCUGCCUGCCGCUAUGGGGUUUGAAGCCAGAAAAGGAUAUUUUCCUCAUUUUUUCAAUACUGCUGAAAACCAGAAUUAUAUCGGCCCAUAUCCUGAACCACGCUACUAUGGUGUUCAGCAAAUGAUGUCUAAAGAUCGUGAGGACUUUUACAAAUGGGAUGAUUCGAAUAAGAAUGGUGUUUUUAAUUUCAGAGACGAAAUGGCGUUCUACUGCAAAAAUGAUGUUGAAAUUUUGAGAGAGGCAUGUAUCAAAUUUCGUACCGAGGUUUAUGCAAUAGGUCAGAUAGACCCCUUCCAAUGUACAACUAUUGCUUCACUGUGCAUGGCUAUGUAUAGAAGUAAAUUCCUGCCUAAAGACACAAUAGCUAUCAUUCCUCCCGACAAUUACAGUGCCCAGCAAAAAAGCUUUUCAAAUGCCUCGAUACAAUGGUUAAUGUAUGUAGCAGAAACUGAAAAUGUUUUCAUUCAACAUGCUUUAAACUACGGAGAGUUUAAAAUAGGCCCCUUUUUCUUGGACGGUUAUGCUGUGAUUAAUGGUAAGCGUACGGCUUUUGAAUUUGCAGGGUGUUUUUUUCAUGGCUGUCCCUUGUGCUAUGAUUCGACCGAUGUAAACCCCUUAAGCAAAGUAUCGUGUGGUACGAUGCGUCAUCACUUUGAUGAAAAGAUUGAAACAUUGCAAAAGGUUUACGGGUUGGAAGUCAGAGUUAUUUGGGAACAUGAAUGGAACACACUGAAAAAACAGCCUAAAGUGCACGAUUUUCUGGUUAGUUCUGAUUUUCCAGAACGCAUCAGUCCUCGCGAGGCUCUGUUUGGGGGUCGUACAAAUGCCAUUACAUUACAUUAUGUGGCCCAGGAAAAUGAAAGGGUGGAAUACUUUGAUUUCACUAGCUUGUAUCCUUUUGUUAACAAGACAAAAUUGUACCCAGUAGACCAUCCUACCAUAAUUUACCAUAAUUUUCAAGACUUGAGCCAAUACUUUGGAUUGUUCAAAUUAACUGUUUUGCCUCCUAGGGGUCUUUAUUUCCCUGUACUGCCUGCCCGCAUAAGUGGUAAAUUAAUGUUUACCCUAUGCCGUUCAUGCGCGGAAACACUAAACCAGACUGGGGUAUGUAAUCAUACCUCUGGAGAAAGAGCCUUGACAGGGACAUGGUGCAGUGUAGAGGUAGUCAAAGCUCUUGAGAAAGGUUACAAAGUGUCUAAAAUACACGAAGUUUGGCACUUUCCUCAGAAAUCUGACACUCUCUUUACAGGUUACAUUAACAGUCAUCUCAAGGGGAAACAGGAAAGUUCAGGUUACCCGGCUCAUUGUACCGAUGAGGAGCGUAAAGAGCGUUAUAUUGCUGAAUAUUUUCAGAAAGAGGGGGUUCAAUUAGAUCCUCAAAACAUCAAUGUUAAUCCUGCUAAAAGACAAAUCUCCAAACUAUCCCUCAAUAGUUUGUGGGGGAAGUUUGCCCAGAGAACUAACCAACUCUCUACAAGUUUGGUUAAGGAUCCUGACCAGUUUUUCCAUUAUCUCUUUUCAAAAAGAUAUCAGGUUUCGCAUUUUUGUUUUGUAAGUGAUACUGUGGCUCAGGUUCAAUGGCGUUACGCUUCUGAUACCUAUACUCCCACAGGUAAUGUAAACGUAUUUAUAGCGGCAUUUACAACAGCGUACGCCAGGCUAGAGCUUUAUAACCUCUUGGAUCGGCUGCAGGAUAGGUGUCUGUAUCAUGAUACGGACUCUGUAAUCUUUGUCAGCAGGCCCCAGGCUUGGCGUCCAGAACUACAUUACAGAGUUUGUGUCAGGGGGCCCUAAAACAUAUGGAUACGUUACAAACAGCGGAAAAACAUGUCUCAAAGUAAAGGGGAUUACCCUAAACUAUGAGAAUUCCAAAUUAAUUAACCUCGCUUCGUUAAAAGACCUUGUACAAAACUUUGUGAAUCAUGAUAGAAACACCCCCGCUGAGCAUAUCAUGAUUCGCGGCUCCCAGAUUCACCGUAAUAAAAAAGAAUUUCAAUUGGAAAACAAACCACUCCAGAAAACCUUUCAAAUAGUCUACAAUAAGCGAGUCUUGCGUUCUGAUUUCACAUCGAUUCCUUAUGGAUUCUGAAGAAGGUUUUGAUAUUAGACUAUCCGUGCCUUUUGCAGCUAUAAUAUCGGGACCCUCCAAUUCAGGCAAAAGUUAUUUUGUGAAGCAGCUUUUAGAAAACUCUCAACAGAUCUUUUCCAAAACCCCUGAGAAUAUCAUUUGGAGUUAUAGCUGUUGGCAGGGAUUAUACAAUGAAUUGGCCCUUAAAUUUAAAAAUAUCAAAUUUAUUGAAGGCAUACCAGAUUCAUUAACCGAUGAUAAUUUAAUGCCUCCUAACAAAAUCAAUUUACUCAUUAUAGAUGACUUGAUGGAAGCAGCUAGCGAAAAUGAUGAAAUACAGAAAGCUUUUACAAAAUACGUUCAUCAUAGGAAUUUAUGCGUACUGUAUUUGGUUCAAAAUUUGUUUUUUCAAGGAAAAAUGAGUCGCACCAUAAACUUGAAUGCCAAUUACAUUAUUCUGUUUAAAAACCCUCGAGAUAAAUUUCAAAUCAACACACUAGCCCGUCAGAUGUACCCCGGGAACUCCAAGUUUUUCUUAGAAGCGUUUGAAGAUGCGACAAAAAAACCCUAUGGUUAUCUUUUAAUAGACUUAAAGGCCCAAACCCCCGAAGCAUAUCGUCUAAGAACUGGUUUAUUUACUCCUGAUUUGCCAGUUGCUUACAUCAUGAGAAAUACCAAAUCAAAACACCUAUAAGCGGCCGGCUAUCGCUCUAAAACUUUUAUUUAUCUAGACUCAGCAACCGCGCAUCAUGUCGGCUAGAAUAAAACGUAACCUCCAUCUCUUAAAGAGCAUAGUUCGUAGCUCUGCUCAUCAGAGAAGAGCAAUUUUACGAAACGCUUCAGACAAUUUUAUCAAAUCGAUUGUGGAAAUUGCCUUAAAUGCCUUAAAGGGUCACAUCCCCUUAACUUCGAGUCAGUUAAACACUCUCAAAAAGCAGCGGCGUGUUAUAAAGAGCCUAUGCAAUAAGAAGCAUUCAAUUAAAAAGAAGAAAAAAACUGUGAAUCAGAGUGGUGGUUUUAUCGCUGCUUUAAUAAGGAUUGCAUUGCCUUUUUUAUCAGGACUCUUAUCGCCUCAAAGUUAAUUUGUAAAAAUGACUCACUCCCAGAAAAUGUUUCUGAUACCCCAGCAUCAACUCGACAGACUUCGGCAGCCUGAGCCCCAGCACCCCGAGCCUAUUAAAAAAGCCGUUGAAAGCCGACUUGACUCUGAAAUGAAAAGCAUUCUACUUAGAAGCGACAUCAGUGACCAUGAGAAAGUUAAGCUAUACACCAACUCCUUACAGAGAUAUCUAACCCUGCUUAAACAGAGUGAAAAAGAGUUUAAUACCCUUACAUUAAUUACACCCCCCUCUGAGGAAACGACCCAACCGGCAGCAGAAUCUGAAUCUAAGAUAGUGACUGCAGUUAUGAGUAGUGUUCCCUCCAGAUCUAAGAAAAAUGCUAAUUUUAUUUUAAACGCUAUGUCUCAGAAUGCUUUGGUUACCUCAUGGAAUGAUCAAGGGGAAUUCAUUCUUAGGGGCAAGAACAUUAGAGGGUCGCAUAUGGUUGAUUUAAUCAGGGCUGCAACGGGGCAUACCCAUAUCCCUGAACAUAGGUUACCUGUAGGAUGGGCCGAAUUCAUCAAAGGUUUGUCUGUAAUAAAUGUCCCCUAUUCUACAGUACCUAAUUCUCAAACACGACAACUCAUAGAAGCUUAUAAAAAACGACCCUUAGAGACCCCUAUGCAUAAGAAGCAGAAAAAAAGGCAGCAGUUAUGGGAAAGUUAUUAAGAUGUUACUGAUUUUAUUGAGUUUACAUAUCUGUACAUUUUGUUGUAUGCAUAUGCUGUGUAAACAUUGUCUGAUACAUUUUGUUGUAUAUUCAUGCAAAUGCUGUGUAAACAUUGUCUGAUACAUUUUGUUGUAUAUUCAUGCAAAUGUUAUAUAAACAAUGUCUGAUAUAUAUAUAUAUAAAUAUAUAUAUUACAGCAAUAAAAAUAUUUAU